GGAAACCAAAGCGAGAAAAUUAAGUGGGAAACUUUCAAUUUUUAUCAAGCGUGGGUGCUCUUUUUUUUUCUUUCUGGUUCCACAUACGCACAUAUUUCUUCUUUGUUUUCUGUGUGUUCAACCUCUUCAUAUAUAUUUUUCUACGCCUUCAUGACACUUCGUCGUUCUCAUCAUGGUCCGCCAAUGGCACCGGAAGCCAAGCGUUGGCUUGUGAUUGGGGCACAUCGCGCCGGCGCGACGGAGCGAGAAGCUUCUAUAAUGACCGGUCUUUCUAAAUCGGCGGUUCGUCGUAUAAUUCAGAACUUUCAAAGAACAGGUUCACCUACCAAACCACGACGAGUCGGUCAUUUACGUAUGGUCCGAGUCGACCAAGACGGCGAAUUUGCUUUGGAUAGUGAUGAUGAAGAACAGAAUCAUUCUGCUGCUACGAUCGUCCGGCGAACCACGCGAAAACCGUGUGCCAACGAUUUGAUUCUUUAUGUGCUGCACAAAGCACAGCGACUCCAGAAUCCAUCUGUGCCAUCCAAACCUUGGCCUUCGAAUUUACAGCUGAAUGAAACUGCUUCGCUGUCUCCGUCCCUAUCCACUUCCUCCUCUUCCUCCUCCUCUUUCUCCUCUUCCAUAUCUACUCCCACUUCCGUUCCGUCCUUUUCCCUAUCCUCACCUUCCACCUCUGCUACUCCACCCAGCACGGUGUCCUCCGAUUCUAGUAUGGAAUCUGACCAUCGUUCUGUCUUCCAUAUGCCACACUCGCCGCUGUUGACCGAAGGAGUGUCAUGGACGUUGAAAGACGACAGAAUUCUUCUUACCCAUAUGAUCAGCCGCCUACACAGCGGACGAUGGCGUGAUCUAGCCAGCAGACUGGAUGGACGCCAUUCUAUCAAGGCCUGCAUUGAACGCUGGCAAUUACUUCGCACACUGCUGCUGAAGGGUAUUGACAAAACCGGCACUUACGGAUGGCAUACUCAUACCAAAUGAUCUUCCGACGUAUGCUGUAACAAAAUAACAUUCUCACGUAAAAUAAUCGUAUCUCGAAUACCAAUUAUGUUAUGCAACUGUUGAUCAUACUUUAAAUGCUCUGUCAUUUUCUACCUUGGAUCACUAAAAGGUCAAUAUUAACCAUUGUGAUUUACAUGAUUCACUUAUUCUACACUUUUUAAAAAAAUGAAGGGGAAUCUACGAGUUGAAUAUACCAAC